AUGGGGUCGAGGAGGCCGCGGAUGCCGGGGUUCGGCGACGACGGCGGCGGCGGGAGAUCGGGGGGCAUGGGUCAGGGCCGAGGCGCCCGUCCUGGCCCAGGCCGGGACGGCUUCUACCCGCAGCCGCAGUACCAGCAGGGCGGCGGCCGUGGAGGAGCCGCGUACCAGCCUCGCGGCGCCAUGCCGCCGCCGGCGCAGCAGUGGCGUCCCGCCGGCCCUGCUCCGGUGCGCAACAACGGUGCCGGCCCGCCUGCACCGAUAGCUCCCGAGCUGCGCCAAGCAAUGGUCGAUGCCGCUCCACGUGAGCACGCCGACGUCCCGGAGGUGGUCACCGGGCAGCAGCUCUCGGCCCUGUCCAUGGAGGAGGCCGGCGCCGACCUGAGCGCGGCCUUCGUCGUGCAGCCGCCGAUCCCGCUCCCCGGCGACUCGUACAAGUUCCCGCACCGCCCGGGGAGCGGCCGCCUCGGCACGCGGUGCCUGGUCAAGGCCAACCACUUCCUCGCCGAGCUCCCCGACAAGGACCUCCACCAGUACGACGUUGCGAUCACGCCGGAGACCACCUCGCGGGCAGUGGGGCGCGCCGUGAUGGAGGAGCUGGUGAGGCUGCACAAGGCGACCUACCUGGGCGGGCGCCUGCCGGCCUACGACGGCAGGAAGAGCAUGUACACCGCCGGGCCGCUGCCCUUCACCUCCAAGGAGUUCCACAUCGUCUUGCUCGACGAGGACGAUGGUUCCGGUGCAGAGAGGCGUCAGAGAACUUUCAAAGUGGUGAUCAGGUUCGCCGCAAGAGCCGAUCUGCGCCGGCUCGAGCAGUACAUUGCCGGGAGGCAGGCAGAGGCUCCCCAGGAGGCCUUGCAAGUUCUUGACAUCGUCCUGCGUGAGCUGCCGACUUCUAGGUACGAACCGUAUGGGCGAUCCUUCUUCUCACCGGACCUGGGGAGACGCCGGUCUCUCGGCGACGGGGUGGAGAGCUGGCGCGGGUUUUACCAGACCAUAAGGCCUACUCAGAUGGGGCUGUCGCUGAAUAUCGAUAUGUCGGCGACAUCUUUCUUCGAGCCGAUACCUGUCAUUGAUUUUGUUGGACAGCUUUUAAACACCGACUUCCACUCAAGGUCCCUCUCAGAUGCUGAACGUGUUAAGAUCAAGAAGGCCUUAAAAGGAGUAAAGGUGGAAGUUACUCAUCGUGGCAACAUACGGCGCAGGUACCGGAUAUCUGGUUUAACACCCCAGGCAACUCGGGAGCUGAGCUUUCCUAUCCAUCAAGGGGGCAUAGUGAAGUCUGUUGUCCAAUAUUUCCAGGAGACAUAUGGCUUUGCCAUCCAGCAUACCUACCUCCCUUGUCUUGAAGUCGGCAAUCAGAAGCGUCCGAAUUACCUUCCCAUGGAGGUCUGCAAGAUAGUGGAGGGGCAGAGGUACUCCAAGAGGCUCAACCAGAGUCAGAUAAGAGCUCUUUUAGAGGAGACAUGUCAGCGCCCGCAUGAUCGGGAGCGUGACCUACUUCAGAUGGUGAAUCACAACUCUUACCACGAUGAUCCUUAUGCAAAAGAGUUUGGCAUAAAGAUUAGUGAGCGCUUGGCAUCGGUUGAGGCACGGGUUUUACCUGCUCCUCGGCUUAAGUACAGCGAGACUGGUAGAGAGAGGGAUUGCUUGCCUAGAGUUGGCCAGUGGAAUAUGAUGAACAAAAAAAUGGUCAAUGGUGGUAAAGUCAGGAGCUGGAUGUGUGUCAACUUUGCUCGAAACGUGCAAGACAGUGUUGCUACCGGAUUCUGCCGUGAACUCGCUCGCAUGUGCCAAGCCUCAGGAAUGGACUUUGCUCUGGAACCUGUCCUUCCGGCUAUAUACGUGCGUCCAGAUCAGGUGGAGCGUGCUCUGAAAGCUCGGUUCCAUGACGCGAUGACCAUACUUGGACCGCAGCACAGGGAGCUCGAGUUGCUUAUUGGAAUACUUCCUGACAACAAUGGCUCACUUUAUGGUGACCUGAAGCGCGUCUGCGAGAUCGACCUCGGGCUGAUAUCCCAAUGCUGUCUGACCAAGCAAGUGUUCAAGAUGAACAAGCAGAUCCUGGCCAAUCUUUCUCUGAAGAUAAAUGUCAAGGUUGGGGGAAGGAACACUGUGCUGGCUGAUGCAGUGUCAAGGUGCAUCCCCUUGGUUACUGACAGGCCGACGAUAAUAUUUGGUGCUGAUGUCACCCACCCUCACCCUGGUGAAGACAGCAGCCCUUCCAUUGCUGCAGUUGUGGCCUCCCAGGAUUGGCCUGAGGUGACCAAGUAUGCUGGCCUGGUUUCUGCUCAGGCUCACAGGCAGGAGUUGAUUGAGGAUCUGUACAAUGUGACUCAUGAUCCUCAGAGAGGGACCAUCCAUGGUGGCAUGAUCAGGGAGCUUCUUAUAUCCUUCAAAAGAUCAACCGGAGAGAAGCCUCAGCGCAUAUUAUUCUACAGGGAUGGUGUCAGUGAAGGCCAGUUCUACCAGGUUCUACUGCAUGAGCUCGACGCCAUCCGAAAGGCAUGCGCGUCGCUGGAGGCGAACUACCAGCCUCAGGUGACGUUCAUCGUGGUCCAGAAGCGCCACCACACCAGGCUGUUUGCGCACAAUCACAAUGACCAGAGCUCUGUCGACCGCAGCGGCAACAUUCUUCCCGGCACUGUUGUUGACUCCAAGAUCUGCCACCCUACUGAGUUCGACUUCUUCCUCUGCAGCCAUGCUGGCAUCAAGGGCACGAGCCGCCCGGCGCAUUACCAUGUCCUGUGGGAUGAGAACAACUUCACUGCUGAUGCACUGCAGACCCUCACCAACGACCUCUGCUACACCUACGCUCGGUGCACUCGUUCAGUGUCGAUCGUACCUCCGGCGUACUAUGCUCACCUGGCUGCCUUUCGCGCCCGCUUCUACAUGGAGCCAGAAAGCUCCGACAGUGGCUCCAUCGCGAGCGUUGCACGCGGCACCAGCUCGUCGACGUCCCGCAGCACCCGAGCUCCCGGCGGCGGUGUCGUCAAACCGCUCCCCGCACUCAAGGACAGCGUGAAGAAGGUCAUGUUCUACUGCUGA